AUGCCUCCGGCCAGCACCAGCGACAAUGACCGCGUCGCUGCGACCAAAUCGUUUGUGCGGCAGUGGAUUGAUCUCAACUGGGCCGACUGUCUCUGGAUGCUGUCAGUCGGUGCGGUUGCCCUCGCUGUCUACUACUCCCCGGUCCCGCUGACGCGCACAUUCCCCGUCACGCUCAAUAGCAGCGGCGAUGUGGUGUAUCCCGACUGGGCCUAUCCCUACCGGGGGGGCUGGAUCAUCCCCUCGUGGGCGUCUGGGCUGGCAUCCAUUGGAGGUCCCAUUGCCGUGUACAUCCUGGCGCAGAUUCGGAUUCGGUCCGCGUGGGACGCGAGCGCUGCCAUCAUGGGCUCUGUCUGGGCCGUCAUCCUCGGAUCUCUAUUCCAGGUCGUUCUCAAACAACUCUGUGGCGGGUUUCGUCCGUAUUUCCUAGACGUCUGCAAGCCCGAUCUGAACCUGGCGCCACGGCACAACCUCACAGGGCUCAACGCCGUCGGCUUCCAGCGCAUCAUGUACACGACCGAGAUCUGCACCGAAACUGACGCCGAGAGGCUCAAGACGGCCAUCACAGCGUUCCCCAGCGGCCACUCUACCGCGGCCUUUGCUGGUUUCGGCUUCCUCUUCCUCUGGUUGAACGCGAAGCUCAAGGUCUGGGCAGACCAUCGCCCGAUGUUUUACAAGUUGCUGCUCACGAUACUGCCUCUCUUGAUGGCAUGCCUGAUUUCUUGCUCCCUCACUAUUGACGCAGCGCACAACUGGUGGGAUAUUGUCGCCGGGUCCUUGAUCGGAGCCGUCAUGGCGCUCGCAUCGUACCGCGCGACGUACGCCGCUGUCUGGGACUGGCGAUUCAACCACAUUCCGCUGGUGCCAACUGAGGCUUUUACAUACGACGGUGAUGUAGAUCGCGCAGCCGAAACGUGGACGCGGAGUGCCGGCUGGGGGACGAGGAGGGAGUGGCUCCCGCAGGCGUCCAGCAACGUCGUGGCCGACAGUGACCAGGCUUCACUCAGGGCAAGGGGCGACGCUGUGUGA